CAACUGUUUCUUUCAACUGAUUUUCUUUCUUUUCCUCCCAAAAGACAAUUGUCCUCAAGCUUUGUAGUAUAAUCUUACAGAGAUUUUGAUUUUCUUUACUACAAUAUUGUUCACAGUUAUCUGAUUCAUUAGGUGCGUGUCAGUCUGCUUUAACCGGUCUUUUCGAUCAAGACUUCGUACCGAACGGUUGUUUACAAACCCUCUACAGUAUCAAGGAUGUCCGAAGGAAACAAAACUCUCAGGGAAGGAAUGCUUGUGGGGCUAUGUAAUCCGCUUUUGGAUAUCUCCGCGGCUGCAGAUGUGGCAUUUUUAGAAAAGUACGAUUUGCAACUAAACAACGCAAUUUUGGCCGAAGACAAACACAAGCCUCUUUAUAAGGAAUUGGUGUCUCAGUACAAAGUAGAUUAUAUUGCUGGUGGAUCUGGACAAAAUGCUCUUCGAGUUGCACAAAAAGUAUUGGAGAAGCCAAAUACAACUGUUUUUAUGGGUUGUGUUGGUAAAGAUGAAUACAGUGAAAUCCUGGAAACAAAAGCAAGGAGUGAGGGUGUGAAUGUAAGGUACCAAUACACAGAAUCUGAAUCAACAGGUACGUGCGCCGUUCUUCUAACUGAAAAUGGGGCGAAUCGUUCAUUGUGUGCAAACCUUGCCGCAGCAAACCUUUUCACUAAGCAUCACAUUGAAAUUCCUGAAAAUAGGAAGUUUAUUGACGAAGCAGAUUUUUUCUACAUCACGGGCUUUUUCCUAACUGUUAAUCCAGAUACUAUUAUGGAAGUUGCGCGCCAUGCGAACGCUCAGAAUAAGACUUUAAUGAUGAAUCUGAGUGCCCCAUUUCUAUCUCAGUUUUUUAAAGAACCAAUGAUGCAAACCUUUCCUUACAUUGAUAUUCUCUUCGGAAAUGAAACGGAAGCUGAAACUUUUGCCAAAGAGCAAAAUCUGCCUGUUAACAAGGAAGAUAUGUCGGAGAUCGCUUUGAGCAUUGCUGCUCUACCAAAAGAAAACAAGAAUAGAAACCGUAUUGUUAUUAUAACUCAAGGGAAAGACGAUGUUAUCAUCGCUCAAGAUGGCAAAGUAACGCGAAUCCCUGCUAUCAGUGUACCGAGUGAGAAGAUUGUCGACACCAAUGGAGCUGGCGAUGCAUUCGUUGGCGGAUUUAUUUCCCAGAUUCUUCAAGGCCGCCCCAUUGAUGUUUGCGCUCGUUGCGGUGUUUGGGCUGCGACCCAAAUAAUCCAACAAGAUGGUUGCACCUUUCCAAAAGACUUGCAAAUUCCAGAAGAAUUUCGUUCUAUUUAGCAUCCGAAUAAUUUUAUGGUCAUCACUUAUCUGAAUGCAGAAUAACUCAUUUCACGAAGCUUAUAGCCAAUAUAAACCACUCCAUGGAGCAGGCAGUAGUUGCUUUAAAAAAACAAAAAUGUGCGAGUUGUUGUUUUCUUCGACAUUCUUGAUCGGUUAAAUGAUUAAUAAAAGUUAAUAGCCUUGAGAUAACUCACACGUGUAUCAAUACAGGAGUACAAAGGCCUUUAUUAAUACACAUAUUUCAGAUUA